AUGAUUUAGUUUGAGAGAAAGAAUAAAGAAAUCGAAUAGUUAUCAUAGAAGUUGUUGAAAUAGAAAGCAAUAAAUGAUGAAUUAUUAUUGCAAAAUUCAAGUGACGAAACGGAAGUAAGCUCCUAAUCUUAACAGAAAAAUGAGCAUGAACAAGAAGGUGUUCAAAAUAAUUAAGAAAUAAAAGAGUUAUAAGAAGAAAAUGAGAAGCUCAAAUAAGAAUUGAAAAAGUAAUCGAAUUAGAAUAAUAGAUGGUUAGCCAAAUUAUUUAGAGCUUUACAUGAUAUAAAGAGUAAAAAUAGUUUGGUGGAAUCACUUAAUCAAAAGUUAGCAAAACAAAAAGCCAUAAAUGAGGAAUUGAGAGAGCAAAUCAAGAUGAAUGAAGAAGAAAUAGAAAAUGUUGAAGUAGUGAAAGAAAAUUCUGAACAAUAAGUAGAAUCAGCACCAGCAUCACAAGAUGAUGGAGAAGGAUUAAAAAAGCUCAGAAGUCAGAAUAAUAAAUUGCUGGGCAAAUUAUUCAGAGUGAUGAGUUAAUUCAACAAAAAGAAUAAGGAAAUUGAGGAAUUGAAGGAAAGAUUACAUAAAUAGAAGGCAAUUUUAGAUGAAUUAAGCAAUUCAAACAACGCUUCCGUUUCAGAAGAAAAAGAAGAUGACUUUGGAUAAGCAGAAGAAAUCGAAAUAAAUUAGGAAAGCUAAUAAAUUCCAGAAAUUGCACAACUGAAGAAGCAAAAAGACACAUUAUUUGGAAAAUUGUUCAGAGCAAUGAGCUUAAUAAACAAGAAGAAUAAGGAAAUUGAAUCUUUAAGUGAUAGAUUGAAUAAAUAAAAAGCUAUCAUUGAAGAAUUAACAUCCUCAAACUCAGAAAAUUUGGCAAUUAAGAUCGAACCAUAAUAAAUUGAAUAAGCACCUUAUAAUUUAUCUCUCUAAAAAGAUAAUGAAAUAUUAUCAAUCGAAAAUUCACAAAUAAAAUAAUAAUAUGAAGCACUAUUAAUAAAAUAUGAUUUAUUAGAACAAAAAUUUAAUGACAAAAUCAUUUAGUUUUAAACACUUAUUGAAUAAUUAUUGAAGUAGAACUAAGAUGAUAUUGAGGAAAAUCUGUAAUUGACUUAACUGACAAAAGCAUCAAAUAAAUUAAUUAAACAUAUACAGUCAAAAUAACAAGAUUAAAGUUUUGAAAAUUCAAGCUCUUCUUCCAGCAUCAUUAGUAUUAAAGAUGAAAGUUAAACAUAAUUAAUUUAUCUCUAACAUUAAGUUGUUUAUUUAUAACACAGUGUAUAGGAGUAUGAUGAUGGAAUAAGUUAGUUAAAUCGAAGAAUCUAAGAAUUAUAUAAUAAAAAUACACAAUUGGAAGCAUUAUUACAAUAAAAUAAUUGCAAAAAUUGCAUUAAAUUGUGA